UAAAAAAAAAAGAUGUUCAGUAUCACCAGUCAUCAGGGAAAGGCAAAUCCAAAGCGCAAUGAGGCAUUCCUUCUCACCGACUGGGACGACUAGCAUUAUGAAGAUGAACCGUAAGAAGUGUUGGCAAAGGUAUAGAGAAAUCGGGAUUGUCAUUCACUGCUGAUGAGAGCUCGAAAUGGUGUAUCCACUUUGGAAGACGGUCUGGCAGUUCCUCAAAAGGUUAAUUAAACAUAGAGUUAUCAUAGGACCCAGCAAUUCCACCCCUAGGUCCAUACCCAAAAGAAAAGAAAAUGUAAGUCCACACAAAAAUGGGUACACACAUGUUCAGAGCAGCAUUCUUCUUAAUAGACACAAAGUUGAAAUAACCUAGUUUCCAUCAAUUGACGAAGGGAGAAAUAAAAUGGGGUGUGAUGGAAUAUUAUUCAUCCGUGAAAAAGAAACAUGAAAAUAGUACGCUAAAUGAAAGAAGCCAGUCAUGAAGAAUCACGUAGUCUAGGAUUCCAUGUGUCUAAAAUGUUCAGAAGAGGUCAAACUAUUGAGACAGAAAGUAGAUUAGUGACAGCUUGCAGUGGGGUGGGAGGCAUUGCCUAGUGCUGUCUAAAAGGCACAAAGUUUCUUUGUGGGGAGAAAGAAAAAUGUUCUAGAACUGUGUUAAUAAUCACAUGCCUUUGUAAAAAUGUGAAAAUUCACUGAAUUUUUACACCUUAAGUGGUGGAAUUGUACGGUAUGUGAAUUAAAUUUCAAUAAUCAAGCUGAAAAAUAUAUUACAAUCAUUCAACCCCAAUGGAUUCAUCCACUGUAGUCAACAUUUUUCCGGUUGCAUUUCAUAUCCCCCUGCAGUUAGGCCCCAGUUUCCAAGUCUGAUUUAUUUUUCUUAGGUGGCCAAAAUUGGCAUACAUGCUUAAAAAGAUAUUGCUCACUGGAUUUAUUAGGUAUUUAAAGGUUUUUAGGAAAAUCAGAUGUAUUAAAUUUGGUAAUGUGUUUUGAAAUAUCUAAAGCAGUAGUUCCCAAACUUUGGGUGUGUGGGGUGGGGGUGGAGGAGGGGUUAAAAUUCCAAUCCCCAGGUAACACCGCAGGCACACCAAUUAAAUCAGUAGCUGAAGUAAAAACAGGGCAUCAAUAAGUUUAAUGAUUUUCUAGGUGAUCUCAAUGUGUUGUAAAGUUUGUGAAAUCUAACUAUUAAAUUGGGAAAGAUGUUUCACUAGGUUCUAAUUUAUUUAAACUUACGAUUUCAUUGUUUCUAAUGUGGGAAUAAAAUGGAAAUUUUACACAAAAACCGUAUUUUUAAGUUGAAUAAACAGGAUUGGCAAGAUGAACUUAAGAUAAAAAUGCUGAAAAUGUAUCGCUGAAUUUUUAAAUUCCUAUUUAAGUAUCGGAUUCAGAAAUAAGGCUGUUUCGGUCGGAACACUGGUAAGCAGACUCUCCCCCAUCAGCAACGUCCCCGAAGGCCUGAAAACCCCCCAGGGACAGCUGGGUCACAGUGUUUCACAAGCCGGUGCUCCGGGCCGCAGCAGAGUUCAAGUUCAGGAGCCGCGUUUCUUCUCAGCCGCGGCCCCGGAAAAGGAUCGCACCGGCCAGGAAGCUUUGUCUGGUAUCCCCGCAGCCCGGGCGGCGACUCCAGGGUGACUUGCUGGCCAUGCCCGCGUCGCCGCCGCUCGGAGGCGGGUGAAGCGCCGGGACGCGCCGAGCCGGGGAGACGCGCGGUCGCCGCGCGGAGAUGGGCUCCGGAGCGCGGCGCGCGCUGCUCCUGCUGCUCCUGCUGCGGACCGUGGCCGAGCCCGGGCCGCCGCCGCGAUCCCAUUCUCUGCGCUACCUCUUCAUGGGCGCCUCAGUGCCGGAUCUCGGGCUGCCCCUGUUUGAGGCCUUGGGCUACGUGGACGACCAGCUGUUCGUGUCCUACAGUCACGAGAGUCGCCGUGCAGAGCCCCGCGCCCAGUGGGUCCAGGGUGGGGCCACUAGCCAGCUGUGGCUGCAGCUGAGUCAGAGCCUGAAAGGCUGGGAUCACAUGUUCAUUGUGGACUUCUGGACCAUCAUGGACAAUCACAACCACAGCAAAGUAACGAAGCUCGGGGUGCUGUCAGAGUCCCACACCCUGCAAGUGAUCCUGGGCUGUGAGGUACAAGAGGACAACAGCACCAGGGGGUUCUGGAAGUAUGGGUACGACGGGCAGAACCAUCUGGAAUUCUGCCCCGAGACGCUGGACUGGAGAGCAGCAGAGCCCAAGGCCCAGGCCACCAAGCUGGAAUGGGAAGUGAACAAGAUUCGGGCCAAACAGAACAGGGCCUUCCUGGAGAGGGACUGCCCCGAGCAGCUGCAACGCUUGCUGGAGCUGGGGAGAGGGGUCCUGGACCGGCGAGUGCCCCCUCUGGUGGAGGUGACUCAGCGCGUGGCCUCGGCUGUGAGCACCCUGCGGUGUCAGGCCCUGAACUUCUACCCCCAGAACAUCACCAUGAAGUGGCUGAAGGACGGGCAGCCACUGGAUGCCAAGGACGUUGAGCCGAAGGAUGUGCUGCCCAACGGGGAUGGGACCUACCAGGGCUGGGCAGCGUUGGCCGUGGCCCCUGGGGAAGAACAGAGAUACACCUGCCAAGUGGAGCACCCCGGCCUGGAUCAGCCCCUCACUGCCACCUGGGAGGCCCCGAUGUCUGGCACCCUGGUCAUUGGAGUCAUCAGUGGGAUCGCUGUUUGCAUCAUCCUCCUUUUUAUUGGAAUUCUGUUCAGAAUCUUAAGGAAAAGACAUGCUUCAAGAGGAGCCAUGGGGGACUAUGUCUUGGCGGAAUGUAAAUGACGGACAGCCUGCAGACCCCUUGUGGGGAGGAGACGUGGAGACUCAAAGAGAGGGCACCGCUGUGGCCCUCUUGGUGUUCCAGAGCAGGACUGGACUGAAUGAAUGGGAACUGCACCAGGAAAUCUCUGCUUGCGUCCUGCCUUCUUCAUUUUUGGAAAGUUCCUCCCAUUUCAGUUUUUGAGUUCCCGAGUGCCAAAGAGCCCCAGCGCUGGCCGCGGGACAGAACAGUCUCCCUUGAACCACCAGCUGCCUCUAGAGCCUGCCUUUACUUCUGCAUCACUUCCAACUCCACGUGCCCAAGUCAUCUCAUCUCCUACCUCUGGAAUAGCGCUCCUGAAAUCUGGGGGACACACAGUUCCUUUCAACAUCUGAGAAAAACAAUGAACUUUCUCCUUAGGACAUAACACUCUCAUGCCCUUACCAGAAUUUUGCACAUACAUUCAGGCAUUUCCUAGGCCCAUCCGAGUUUCCUUUUGGUCCCCUCUCUCUCUGUUGUCCAGUAAUUCUCCUGUCGCCGAGACCUCUGGUCUCUUCCAUCAGAGGGUGAAGUGGGUCAGUGUACAGCAGCAAAGGCCGUGCACUGCACAACCCAAGGAGGCACCUUUCCCAGAAGAGCCACUGUGGAUGCCUCUGUUUAUUUAUGAUAGUUUUCCAGAAAGGGGUGGGAAAUGUCUUGAAGGGGGUAUCUUUUUCUAUUUGGCAGCAAGUUGUCACAGAUUCACACAAACUCAUGAUUUACAUUAAUGCAUUCAUAGCGCCUCUCUGGUGUGCCAGGCUUGACAUAAUGCAGUCAUUUCCUACCUGGUCUCUGCUAUUGAAAGGACAAUGAAAAUGAUCCUAAGAAUGAUAACGGUAGUGAUAAGGGGGCUGACACUUACAUAUAGAUUUUUUUAAAAAGGCAUUUUACUUGCUACCAGACUGAGUUCUGAGCACCCACUUACCGUCUAAUUCUCACAAUAAUGCUCUGAUGUAAGUACUGUUAUUCUCGUCCUUUCUUUAGGUGAACAAAAUGAGGUAAACAGUAGCUCACAGCCUGCCAAGGCUAGAGACAGGUUUGCAGCUCGGUCAGUCUGACUCUGACCCAUCUCACACGCCUGCGCAUUCAAUGUUUUAGCUGUGCCAAGAAAUGCAGAAGGGAGGGGCAUGGCUCUUCCGUGGCCCCAGUGUCUUUAUUUUGCCCGAGCUUGACCAAAACGAAGGGAAAUAGUAGAAAAUAAUCUCCACCAUUUCCUUUCAAAGUCUCUGGGCAAAGAAGUCCAGUGUGUGGCUGGUUUCCUCUGCUGCCAGCCCGGGGCCGCUCUGUCCCAUGCGUCUCUGGCGCCCCCGGGUCACGACGGCGAUCGGUGCUGUGCGUCUGCGGCUAAGCUGGACUGCACAGCAUUGUCGUUCCGCCUGCACCUCCAGAGUCACAAUCCUGCUGGCAUUUCCCUCCAGGAACCAGAGCGACAUCUCUCAUAUUAAAGAGGGCAAAACGGACGCCACAGUGUGGCCUGGGGGUACCCUGGCAUAUUCCUGGGGUUCCAGGGAGUCUGUCUCUCUUCCCCAAUUGUGCACAUUAAGAAAAGAAAUUCAUCUCACCAAGCUGCUCAGGAAUUACUCCGUUCUGGGAAAGUAAUUCAUCUGACGGUGUUCAAAAGAAAGUGACAUGGUGCCCAGAUGGCACGGGUCUCCUUUCUGCUGCUAUGGACAUUCGGCCACAAACAGUGCAACAGGCAUUCUGCCUCUGCAGCAGGUGCCUCGAAAGUCCAAAAAUAGCUCAACGGUUUGGUAGGUAUUGAAUUUGGGCAAAGAGAGCUCAACGAUUUUUUUUUAACUUUUCUUUUUUUCUGGUUACAGAAGUUAAGUGGAUAAAAGUACAUCUAAUUUGUGCUUAUUGUCAAAAAGUUGAAAAUGAGUUCAAUUGAAACUCUCAUUACAAUUAGCUAGUGGUAAACGAUCUGUGUAUCUCCUCCCAGUUUUGCUAUAUUAACACAAGGUCAACAUAUACGCUUUAAUAAACAUACAAUUAGUGUGUUGCA